UAUCAUUCGCUUCCGGCCUGGCCAUUGUUUUCACUCCUUCAGGUCCUGGAAGAGUUCCUGUGUGUCGAGGGGUGCUGUGGGCUGGCCGGGGACUCAGAGGGAGGCGCUGCGGGGCGCGAGGCUGGGUCGCCGAGGCCUGCCCGGAGCGCAUUUCGUCCCCGGACGCCCGAAGCCACCGCUUGGUCCCGUGGCGCUGACAGCCUUGCGGGGCCGGGCGCCGGGCGCCUGCGGAUCCAGCGAUGACGCGGGCGGACGUGGCCAGGUGACACUCGCAGCACCACCUACUCCAACCCUGAAAAGCAGCUUCUGAUCUGAAUUAUAGACCAGACUUUUAGUUGGACCAACUGGAGCUAGAACAACCUUCUCUCUGGGAUCGAAAUGACCACAGAAAGCAGGGGAAAUGUAAGCCUCAUCCCCAGGAAUGCUGUGUUCCACAAGCAGGAGGGGCACCUGCCUGUGAAGCAGGAGCCCCGGAGCCAGACCUGGAGGCAGGGUUGCAGUUUCCAGAAGAGCCACCCUUCUGUCUGUGAAAUCUUCCGACUACACUUCAGACAAUUGUGUUACCAUGAGAUGUCUGGGCCUCAGGAGGCACUGAGCAGGCUCAGGGAACUCUGCUGCUGGUGGCUGAUGCCUGAGGUCCAUACUAAGGAGCAGAUCCUGGAGCUGCUGGUGCUGGAGCAGUUCCUGAGCAUCCUGCCGGAGGAACUCCAGUCCUGGGUGCAGCUCCAUCACCCUGAGAGUGGUGAGGAGGCCGUGGCCGUGGUGGAAGAUUUCCAGAGACAUCUCAGUGGAUCAGGAGAGGUUUCAGCCUCAGCACAGGAAAAGGAAGUACCUUUGGAUGAGACAACAGCGCUGGAUGCAACAGAGGAAUCUCCUACCUCACCCCUUCAUGGGGGCUCGGUUCCUGGAGCCCACCUGGAGCCUCCUCAUGAUGAAGGGGCACAGCAGCUCCCUAGCGGGCACGUCGGUAAGAACAGGAUGGAGAGUUCAGAGUUCACUGCAAAGACCAUGUCUAAACAAUCAGAGUCAUCUGAUAGGUCAACAGGGUCACUCUUUGGGGUGGCUCCUGCACCAGAAACUGGAGAUGCCUAUGAAGAUAUUUUAGAGCAGCUGGAAGGGCACCCCUUGGAAGAAGAAGGGCGUGGAUUGGCAAAUGAUUUCUUGGAAGUUACAGAUGAGGCUAAAAAUUCCACAAAAGGCAAAUGUGAAGAAUAUAUGGAAGCGGGGGUACAUCCAAAUCUGUCCUCCAGUCCUGUUCAACAUCAGGGAGUUGCAAAGGGACCGAAAUUCUAUCAGUGUGCUGAAUGUGGAAAACUGUUCUGUUGGGGUUCACACCUCCUUGGCCACCAGAGCAUCCACACUGGAGAGCAGCCCUACGAGUAUAAUGAGUGUGGCAAGAGCUUCAGGCAGACCUGUCAGCUCAUUGUUCAUCUCAGGACCCACACAGGGGAAAAGCCUUAUGGGUGCAGUGAGUGUGGGAAGACCUUUCGACACAGCUCCCACCUUAUCCAGCACCAGCGGCUCCAUAAUGGGGAGAGACGCUAUAAAUGUAAUGAAUGUGCAAAAGCUUUCUCACAGAGCUCCCAGCUCUUCGAUCACCAGAGAAUGCAUAGUGGGGAGAAGCCCUAUGAGUGCAAUGGCUGUGGAAAGGCGUUUAUUUGGAGUAAAAGUCUUGUGAGACAUCCGGUCCUUCACACUGGGAAGAAACCUUAUGCAUGUAGUGAGUGUGGGAAAGCCUUCUGUUCCAACAGAAACCUUACUGACCAUCAGAGAAUCCACACUGGGGAGAAGCCUUAUGAAUGUAAUGAAUGUGGCAAGGCCUUCAGUCAGAGUAAGUGUCUCAUUCGACACCAGAGCCUCCACACUGGGGAGAAACCAUAUAAAUGUAGUGUGUGUGGAAAAGCCUUCAAUCAGAACUCCCAACUCAUUGACCAUGAGCGAAUUCAUACUGGAGAAAAACCUUUUGAAUGUAGCGAGUGUGGUAAGGCAUUUGGUCUGAGUAAAUGCCUUGUUCGGCACCAGAGACUUCAUACUGGUGAAAAGCCCUAUAAAUGCAAUGAGUGUGGAAAAUCCUUCAAUCAGAACUCUCACCUCAUUAUACACCAGCGAAUUCACACUGGUGAGAAACCCUAUGAAUGUAGUGAAUGUGGGAAGGUCUUCAGUUACAGCUCUAGCCUUAUGGUGCAUCAGAGGACACAUACUGGGGAAAAACCCUAUCAAUGCAAGGAUUGUGGGAAAGCAUUCAGUGACAGCUCACAGCUUAUUGUGCACCAGAGAGUUCACACUGGAGAGAAACCUUACGAAUGUAUUGAGUGUGGGAAAGCCUUUAGUCAGCGUUCCACUUUUAACCACCACCAACGAACUCACACUGGAGAGAAACAAUAUGUAUGCAGUGAGUGCGGGAAAGCCUUCAGUCAGAGCGCCAACCUCACAGUGCAUGAGCGAAUCCACACUGGAGAGAAACCCUACAAGUGCAAAGAGUGUGGGAAAGCCUUUAGUCACAGCUCCAACCUCGUGGUUCAUCGGAGAAUCCACACUGGACUGAAGCCCUACGCAUGUAGUGAAUGUGGAAAAUCUUUCAGUGGAAAGUCCCACCUCAUCCGGCACCAGGGAAUCCACAGUGGAGAGAAGAUGUAUGAAUGUAAGGAAUGUGGGAAAGCCUUUAGUCGGAGCUCAGGGCUCAUUUCCCACCACAGAGUUCACACUGGAGAGAAGCCCUACACUUGUACUGAGUGUGGGAAAGCCUUUAGCCGGAGUUCAAACCUCACUCAACAUCAGAGAAUGCACAAAGGGAAAAAAGUUUACAAAUGUAAGGAGUGCGGGAAGACAUGUGGUUCUAAUACAAAGAUAAUGGACCAUCAGAGAAUUCACACUGGGGAGAAGCCCUUUGAAUGUGACGAGUGUGGCAAAGCUUUCAUCUUAAGUAAGACUCUUCAUGAACACCAGAGACUUCAUCGUAGAGAGAAACCUUACAAAUGUAGUGAGUGUGGGAAAGCCUUUACUUCUAAUCGAAAUCUCAUUGAUCACCAGAGAGUCCACACUGGAGAGAAACCUUAUAAAUGCAAUGAAUGUGGGAAAACUUUCAGGCAGACUUCUCAAGUUAUUCUACAUUUAAGAACUCACACUAAGGAGAAACCCUAUAAGUGCAUUGAAUGUGGGAAAGCCUAUCGUUACAGCUCACAGCUUAUUCAACAUCAGAGAAAACAUAAUGAGGAGAAAGAAACCUCAUAAGUAACAAAUAUUGUUGGUAAUAGGGCUACUUGUUACUUUAAUGAAAAGCAAGUAGUAUCGGUAACCUUCAUUCUGCUUCCAAGAAUCUAUACAGAAAAAAUAAUAAGUAGAUGAAGUUAACAAAAGGAAUAUUCUACAAGGAUGCUCUUUCAUAUAUAACUGAGAUAGAAAAAAAAUCUAGAUUUUUCAACAGUACAGGGUUAAACAAAUGAUGUUCUAUCCAGAAAAUGUUUCUGCAACACUGUAAAAAGUUUUACAGAAUAAUUAACCUGGGCUACUCUGGAGUCUGAGGUGGGAGGAUUGUAAGUUUGAAGGUACCCUGACCGGUGUAGUGAGACCCCCAUCUCAAAAAAUAUAUAUAAUGUUAUGGAGAAAUGUCUGGAUUAAGUGGAGGAAAAACAAUGGCAUAUCUAAUUUUUAAAAAAAAUGCCUAGAAAAAAGGGCAAGGAAGGAAACUACACCAAAAUAUUAACGAUGAUUACCUCUGAGUGACAGUAUUAUAGAUGGUUUCUAUUUAUAGUUUUAUAUGCUUUCCAGAUUUUUCUACAGUGGGAAUGUACUACUUUUAUAUUUAGGAAAAAAAAGUAUGGUAUUUUUAAAAUGCAGUGAGCUCAUGCUCAUUUUCAUUGAACACAACUAGGAAAGGCUCGCAGUAUAUAGAGUUGAAGGUCUUGGAAUUAAACCUAAUCUGGCAUUUAGAAGUGGACCCAUGCCCUUUUGUUUUGUUUUUUUCAGUACUGGGAAUUGAACUCAUGACCUUGCGCUUGCUAGGCAGGCGCUGUGCCACUGAGCUAAAUCCCCAGCCCCAAAGUUAAUUGUUUUAAAGCCUCUUUCAUGUUAGUAAACCCAUCAACACCAAUCCAUUGUCUUUUGCAGUUUUAAAUUGACUUUAGAGUUGUCAACAAAGUAUAUAAUUACUGUUGUGUUAAAAGAACACAGCAAAAAUUUAGAGCCUCUUUCAGUAGUGGAAAGAUCUGUAAAUGAUGGAGAACUACCUAGGCUCCAUCUUUUUAGUAUAUAUUUAGACAACUUGAAAAAACACCCUCAGGAAGUUGAAAUAAUUGUAGGUGCAAAAACCUGAAAAAGCUAUAGUUACCAUUAAGUAAAACUGGUAGAAUUUGCCUUCGCAUGUUAUGUAAAGCUUGGUAGGUAAAAGUGUAGACUGUGGAGUUGGAGAGAUCUGUGUUCCAAUCCCAAGUAUGCAGUUAUAGCUUGUCAAUUUUGGACAAAUCACUAACCUGCUGUGAACCUCAGCUUUUUCUGUCAAAGGGGAAUAAUUAUCUACCUCACAGAGUUCCUUCGAGGAUUAAGAUAAUAAAAAUUGUAUAUGGCAAGCCUGACACAUGGCAGAUCAUAAUAACUCAAAUAUAAGACACGGAAACAGUGUUUCUCAAUGCUUUAGAGGGAGAGCAAUACAAGGGAAAUUGUCUCACAGGUAGCAUUCAGGAUAUUUUCAGGUGUAGUGAAUGACUACUAAGUAGUAAUUGCUUUGACCUUAAGAACACUGGCUGUCCCGUUAGGCAGAAGUCUAGAAGGAACCAGUUCCAAAUGUGCUUUGGUAACUUCGCAGUUCCUCAAACUUCCAACAUAACUUCACAAUCUUAACUGUACACACUUCUGUGUUUUUGUAACCUGAUGGUAGUGUCUAAAGUUAGGAUUGAGGAAAGGAGCUGAGAAGUCCUCAUCUUGUUCCUUUCCUUUAUCAUUGAGAAAAAAGUUUCCCAGCAGAAGGAAGAGAAGAGUGUCAAGCAGUCAAUGUACAAGAUGCUCUCCAGCUUCUCCCUUCUCUGUGGCCAACCCUCCAGGAAGGCCUCAGCCCACCUUCAGCCAGUAUUCAGAACUUUUAAGUCCUUACCUCAAAAUCUGCCGGGCAGCACUGAAAACCUGUUCAUUCUUGGCCAUUCCUCUCUGUGUACAGUGAGUUCUUAAAUCCAGUGCUCUUUGUAUUAUGCACACAGCAAUUCAUUGUUUCAGAGUUAUUGAGGGUAUGUUGUUUAACCUAUUUGUACAAGGAAAUUGAGUCUCAGGUUAGGUGACUGGCUAGUCAGUACUUGGGGCCAGGAUCUGAGCUACAAUCUGACCUUGAAAUUCAUGUUGUUUUCAUUAUACCAAAGUGCCUCUGCCCACCAUGAUGAUUCUGUAUGAGAGAUCAGUUAUGGCUCUCCUGGGUAGCUACCUCUACUAAAGCUGAUUGUACCUGAACAGUUAUUUGAUUAUGGUUUUAUUAGGAAGAUACUGUAAAUCUUAGUUACAUAUUUCUUCCCUCUAGUUACAGCAAAGAAAGAAGUGAAGGCUUUAUAUAUUUUUGUGAGAAGGAUUGUUUGGCUUUGUCCUGUUUUGGUAGAAUAGUGGUUUGCAUAUAAUUUUUUGAUAUUACAGUUCCUCUGCAUAGUAGGGUUUGCGGGGGGGGGGCGGGUGCUGGAAGAGGUGUGUUGUUUCCAGGGCCAUUCAUCAUUAAGUGGAGUUGCUAAUAUAUCUUGUAUUGUUGACCAGA